AUGUUCCUUAGAAUGGAGCCGAGUCCAAAACUUCUAGCUGGACUUAUUCUGCUGACUCUCUGUGUGGUGGGCUGCUCCAGCCAGCACUGGUCCUAUGGGUUGCGCCCCGGAGGAAAGAGAAAUGCUGAAAACGUACUUGAUUCUUUCCAAGAGAUAGCCAAAGAGGUUGAUCAACCAGCAGGACCUCAGCGCUUUGAGUGCACCGUACACCAGCGCCGUUCUCCACUCAGGGACCUGAGAGGAGCUCUGAAACAUGGAUUGCAGUCAGCUGAAGACAGGAUUCAGGCGUUCCUGUUUCCUCUGGUCAAACAGCAUGGCCACCGCUCAUUCUCCAGCAUGGGCUAG